CGGCGACUUGGAGCCUUCUUCUGUUUGUGGAAGUCUCUACUCCUACUGAUCGCCCUUCUGAGUCCGGGUCCUGGCUACGACACCUCUACCCACAUCCUUCUCCAGCAAUACCAAGCACUCUCGCGCUCUUGCUUCGAGAAGCUUGUUUCGAAGCUAACCAGAUGGGAUGCAAUCUACUUUGCCAGUUCGUCGGCACGAGGUCAUUUGUUUGAGCAGGAAUGGGCUUUCAGUCGCUUCUCCGCCAGAAUCACCUCCCAGAUCGCAAGAGGUCUAAGUACAGUUCCAGUCUUUCCUUUCACUCAUAUCCAUUGUGCCCUCUUAAGGCACGCAACUGCCGGAAUUGCUCUCUCGCAUAUUUCGCACUUCCUGGCUGUCGUUAUCCUCUAUCAGCUGACCUACGACUUAAUUCCUGCCAGCCAUGAGAGGAAGCGACGUGUUGCCUUUACCACAGCCUGCCUCCAUGUUGUAUCUCCUGGCGGUCUAUUUCUGUCAGCGAGUUAUGGCGAAAGCUUCUUUGCUUUGACGAACUUCGCAGGAUCAUUUUGCUAUUUGGCGAGCUGGAGAUGGGUGUCCAGACAGGAUCCAUCAUCAGGUCUUCACGCUGCCGCCUGGGCUAUCGCUAGCGGCGUCCUCUUCGGGACGGCUACUAUGGUGCGCGGCAAUGGCCUCUUGAGUGGAAUCAUGUUCGCCUGGGAUGCCGUCCUCUACCUCCCAGAAUUACCAAGAGUACUGCGAGAGAGAACACCAACGGACAUGCUCCGACUUUUUGGCGUGCUGACGGGUGGUGCCUCAGUCGCAAUCGGCUAUGCCAUCCCUCAGUUCGAAGCAUAUCUGGAGUACUGCACAGGCGGCAAUAGCAGACCAUGGUGCACGAAAAUCCCACCAAGCAUCUACACAUUUGUCCAGGCACACUACUGGAAUGUUGGGUUCCUGCGAUACUGGACAUUGUCCAAUAUCCCCUUAUUUGCUCUAGCCACGCCAAUGCUGCUCGUGCUUCUCAGUACAGGAUGGGUUGCCAUGAAUAAGGCACAGAUGGACAAGCUCGCUGAUGGCCUCAACACCGUAGACGAUGCAACCCGUGCGCCGCCCGUCAUCACUGCCCAAGAGAAGCAAACAUUUUCACACCACAUGGCAAGAUUUGCGCUGCCUCAAGUGCUCUUGGCAGCUUUGGCUUUGACGAGCUUUCACGUCCAGAUCAUCAAUCGCAUAUCAUCGGGAUAUCCGGUAUGGUAUAUUCUGCUCGCGUGCGCCAUGCAUGCUCCUGCACCUUCCGCUCAAAAUCCUAGCGCUGCCAUGCGCUUCUUCGCCGGGAACGCUCAAUGGCUGGUCAGAGCUUCGGUUAUGUACGCCAUGAUUCAAGGGGGACUGUAUGCUUCAUUCAUGCCGCCAGCUUGA